AUGCUCAGAAUGUUUGGAACUGGUCUGAAGGUGUCAAGGAGCUUCUUGUACCAUCGGUUUCUGAGCUCACAUAUCCCUCUGAAGAAUCCUUGGUCAAAGCAACUUGUAGGGUCCUUUCCCAAGUUUAGCUCAAUUGUUCCUUCACAGACAUCUAUCAUUGCUCUUGCUGUAGCUAGGAAUGGCCUUCCUAGAAUCAAUGGAUCUGUUGGUUCCUCAUCCAUCUCAAGCACAAUGAAGUCGGUGGGAUCUCUACAUUCCCUAUCUCAAAGGCAGGUCUUCAAGCAUCCCAGUUGUCUCUUUGCUACAGACAAAGGCAUGAGGCUGACAGAUGAUCCUAGAUCGCAGAGGCUGUUUUUGAAAGAUAGGGUCCCAACAUGCAGGCAAAGUGAAACUCCCCGGAUCUUCCUUUUUGUCGGAGAUGACCUUCCGCUGAAUGAUUGCACUGCACUCACGAGUCAACACUACCAUCCCUUGUGCUUCCCUGGUUCUUUGCUGAACAGCAUCCUUCAGGAAUUUCUGAUAAGGUGGAAUGAGCAUCAAGGCGUCGAUGAAAGGCAACUUCAGCUCAAGUGUCUCAUUAGUUCAUCAAACUUGGCCUUGUGUGCUUCCAACAGUUGUUUCUUGAACCUUCCUGGAAAGGGUAGAGGGGGUUUGUAUGGUGGUGGUCCUGCUGGAGUGUCUUUCUUCUUUGCAACAGGUUUAGUUGGUUGGCUGGACUUGCUUUGUCUGUUUCUUCUCGGCUCGAUCGAGCUCUGGUUUGUCUUGCUGAGUCUCGGUUUCUCAGCUCGAUCGAGUUCUGGUUCAGGGUUUUGUUCCAGCUCGAUCGAGUUCGGUGCGGAUCAGCAUACUCGACUAAAUCCUCCCCUUCCUCGUCAUCGAUGUCCACAGCGAUUUGGGGUGGGCUACUCUCUAGGGAAUUGCGCCCACUUCUAG